CCUUAGAUGGAAAUACAGUGAAGCAGGUAAAAGAAGGUCUUUAAUCCCAGACCCACAUAUAGAGAUGCAGAGGACUUUGCUUUCUUGUAAACUGUCAUAUUUUGAUGCAGAAAGGAUUUUGCUUCAGAAUUGCCAUAAAGAGUCAAUCUUGGCAUUCUCUGCGGUUUCUUAAUAUGCUUAAAAUUCCAUGGGAUUUGUCCAGAAGGUAAGGAAAAUAUAUAUAUAUAUUGGGAACAGUGAGUUGGGGUUGGCUUAUGGUAGGGACCACGUUUUAAUAUUCUAUCAACACAUGGAUAAAUGAAAUAAAAUGAGCAAAAAAUCAAUCAAUCAACCAACCCACCCACCUAGCCACCAUGAGCAAAUCUCCCCUAUUUGGUUUCAUUUUAUUCCACAUGUUGAGAUGGAGAAAUGCUUUGAUGACAGCAUACCUGCUUAGAAUUCUUCUCCUAAAGCAAGAAAAUAAUUUGAAUAGAUUGGAAAAAGGAGUGGGAAUUGAUAAGCAUGAUAGAUCCAUUGGUGAAAGAAAGUCCACCAAUGGGAGAUAUAGUUGGAGAGACAAUAGAAUAACAGCACAAUCUAAUAGUUUUUAACGUGUCUCCAAAGCUACAAAAAGUGGGGUCCAACUAUAACAACUGUCCAACCCAAAUGCUUUGCCCAUAUAUAUAAUAAUAUUUAUUAAUUGAUGACUUGAUUCACCUUAAAAUAUAUGCUUUUGGGUAUAUAAUAUUAGGGUUUUGCCUGCUCUAAGAAGAUAUGUCCAGAUCUUAUGAAGACGUUAAUUUGUAUAUUUGCUUGCAUCAUUGCCCCACUUCUUAUUAUUCUUUUGUUUAACAACUACUCUCCCCUACUAUUCUAAAUUAACAUUCUCAAAUCAUGGUCAAGAUAGACAAUAUUAAAGCUUUCUUUUUUUAAUUGUGGGUGGUGGGAUAAUUACACAGAAGCUUCAUCAAAUGCUGAAUAAUCACAUUUCUACAGAACCCAACAUUUUUUAAAAUUUUAUUAGGAGAACUGUUAGUGGAUGGGACUGGGUACCCACAGCUAUAAUAUAUGGAUAAGCUCAGGUAGAGGACAUUACGUGAAUCCACUGAGUCAUUAGUUGGUUCAUUAAAAUAAUCUCAGAUACGUAUUUUAAGUACAGUGGAGAGUUUGUUGCAAAGCUAGAGCCCCUUCCUUCCAGGUGAUUACAUCCCCUUCUUUCUUUGACUUUUGUUAAUUACAAUUAAUAAGAUAAUCUUUAUCCUCUCUUUAAGCAUGGAAUUUUUGUUUUUAAAUAUCCUAGUGGUACUAUAAUUGCAUGGUUUUAUAUGUUUAAUAUUUGCUUAUAGACCAUGGAAUCCUUGUUAAUAAAGCACACUGAAUCCUCUUUGAUGGAGAACGUAUGAGGUGUAUCUAUUACAAAAUUGAAAACAAGUUUUUUAAAACCAAUAUUGCAUGAGACGGCUCUCUGUUCUGACUUUUCUUUUCUUCCUCUUUUUUUUUUUUUUUAAAAAAAAAAAAGGUUUUAUUAUUGACCCCUGGGCAUGUUCAUUAUUAUUAAAUUAAUCCUGUUUUGUGAUGCAAUGUAUCGUUUGAAGCAGAGUUUACUAUAAAAGGAAGAGAAGCAGAAGGACUAGAACGUGUAUUAGCACUGCGAAAAAUCCUUCUUUUCUCACUUCAAGAUAGAUGGACAAGGAGUCAUCCACUAUUCUUUCUUCAACAUUAGAUGGAGAAAAUUGUCAUUCUUUUGAAUCCUGUGUUGAGAAGAAGCUCAAAUUAUUCGGGUUUGAGCUGAAUCCUUGCAGGAAUGAUGAGAGCUGCCUGAAAGUUUCUGCAGAAGGAGAUGAAAGCGUGAAUUCAUCAAACGUUGUUUCAUCUGAAAGGGAUAAACCUGUCAAGGAGAAAAGUUUGACAGCCGAUCCUGAUGAUAAGAAGUUUGAGUGCCAGUACUGUUUCAAGGAGUUCGCAAAUUCACAGGCUUUAGGAGGUCACCAAAAUGCUCAUAAGAAGGAAAGAAUGAAAAAGAAGAGAUUGCAGCUUCAAGCCAGGAAGGCCAGCAUCAGCUGUUAUCUUCAACCUUUCCAGAAAAACCUCAGUUACAAUUGCCACGGCUCAAAAUGGUUCUAUGAUCCUUCCUGCUAUACUCCUGAAUUCAAUCUCUGUGAGGAGUCUCAGAUUAGUUUCAUUCCCUACGACCAAGAUUCUCAUAUUAAUGCGUCUCAGGUACCAAAUUGGUAUGCUAUACCUGCUCAGGUCCCUUUCCAACAAGAAACUUGUAUGUUCACUUUAACACGUCCUGACAGAUCCAGAGAGCACAGGCCUGUCAUUAAGAAGCGUUCACCUUUACCUGCUUCCAAGCAAACCUGUAAAUCUUUGGAUCUUCAGUUAGGCCUUGGUCUGCAAUCAAAUAUACGAAGCUCCACAAGAACUGGGAUAUAAAUUGUACCUGCGUAGAUUAAGAGUCCCACACCUUUCUUUCAACUCUGCAUGAGUGGAAGAAAAUACACACAAAAAAAAUAGUGAUUCUGAUAAGCUGGUUACCUCAAAGAUUGCUGUCGAAGACAUCAAGAACGAUCAUACACGCAUAGUGUCAUCUAUGAUUCAAUUUCCCUUAAUGAAAUUAAUCUUACAGACAUGAUAAACUGUAAGGAUGAGGAGAGCUCACAAGUUGGAUGUUGGUACAUUCAGCAGAAAUAGCUGUUGGGCUGAUGAAAGCUUGCUAGAAUUUGAGCGCUUGAGCUUGGUCAGCACGUAGAAGCCAAGAUUUUUAAUGUAUUCUAUUCAUAGUUACUCAUUUUUUUCAGUUUAUUACAAUUAUUUGUUGAUGUAAAUUCUGCGACUCGCUUGCAAAAUGAGAUGUAAAUCCCAGUAUUGCAAUCUGUCCUAAUGUUUAUACUACGGUGAUUAAUUAAUAUGGUUCAAGUUUAGUUUUA